AUGGAGCGUCUAAAGUUAGUCCUGCAGUACUUCCAGUCCAAUUCUGAGUCCAUCUCCAACGGAAUCUGUAUCAUCCUUGCUCUGGUCAGUGUGAAGCUCUACACCAGUUUUGACUUUAACUGCCCGUGCCUUCCACAGUACAACAAACUGUACUCACUGGGUGUCAUGAUAGUACCUCCCAUUAUACUCUUCUUCUUGGGGGUGCUUGUCAAUCGACAUACAGGUGUCAUGAUGGAUGAGUGGAUGAGACCCAUAGGACAAAGAUCCAAAAAUCCUGCAGUUGUAAAAUACCUGUUUUCAGCCAUGCUCCAGAGGGCUCUACUUGCACCACUGGUGUGGAUCCUCGUCACGUUGUUGGAUGGGAAAAUUUUUAUUUGUGCUUUCAGCCUCAGUGUAGACCCUGGGCUUUUCUCAGGCAUGCCUAACAACACAGGUUUGGAUGUGAUCAAAAUCAUGGCCAAAGUGCCCUGCAAGGAGGACGUUAUUUUCAGGAACAGCUCCUUCCGCAAAGCGGUGUCCCGCUAUGUCCGGUGUUAUUCACAAGCAGUUGGCUGGUCUAUUCUCCUGUUCCUGAUUGUCAUAGGAGCAAUGGGACGCCUCAUCAAGCCCUGCUUUGACGAUCACGCCACAUUCCUGCAGACGCGGUACUGGAGCAACUACCUUGACGUGGAGCAGAAGUUAUUUGACGAAACUUGCGUUCUACAUGCCCGUGGCUUUGCCCGAAAAUGCGUCGUGCAGUUCUUCGAGGACAUAAGGGAGGAUACUAUAGUGCGUCUUCCACACCCACCCUUCGUUGGUAACUCGACGGAGGGGUGCGACGACGAAGAGGACAGACUUCAUGGCAUAACGAAACAAGAGCAGAUGGACCAGCUGCUCAACAAGUGGUACUACAGUAAACCCGAACUGGACGUGACCAGGAUUGCAUACAGGCCGAGAGCAUGUGUUACCUGGGAGGACCAAGACGGAAAGCCGUUAUACUCCAAUGUCUAAGAUGUCUAAUGACAUGUCUAAUGUCUAAGAUGUAGAGUGUGGCAUGAAAUUCAGUCAUUUCAUGCAAAAAUUGGUUAUCUGAGUCCAUAAGUAAGCUUCGUAGAGUCAACUGGUAAAGUCAAUGGUUACAGAAAGUGGAUGGAUCGAUAAAAUGGUUCACAUGUGUUUCACACUAACAUACUGCAGCGUUCAUUUCUCUCAAAAUACAAAAUGACCCACCUUGUGUACAAAUAUAUGGUCAAAUACAAUGCCGUUGAGGACAUAAUUUGAGAAAUUGUUGUACAAUCUCAGCAAGAAAACAAAGAUUCUGAAGAAAUGUUUUUCUUGUUUAGUGAUAUUAUCAUUGUCACAUAUCAUACUGGGACACUACAACGUAUAUAUUUAGCACAAUCAAAAAAACAUUAAUGUCAAAAGGGGAAAUAAAUGUUGUCAUAAUUGUUUCUGUUGUUUGCAGCAUUGAGCUUUAAAAUGUCAUUAGUAAUUGUAAAAAUUAGGCCUAGUAGUCUUUGCAACUUUCUCCUUUACACAGCCUGCACCACAGCAGUUUUCAGGACAGCGCCGGUCUUGUUUUUCAGUUUUUAGAAUCUUUGUAGCCCACAAGGUUUUCCCUUGGAACAAGGGUUGUUUGACUAUGCUAGGGUGUGGACCUGCUAGUUUUGCAUUUCGGCUUUUGACAAUGCUCGCAAACACACACAGGUGAACACAUGCAAAUACAUCAGCAAAAACAUAUCGUCAGCAGACAUGCUCAUAAUUUAGCAUUGACCAUUCAAAUGCAGUAAGUGGAUACUGCAACACUUAAGACUGCUGAAGCUGAUUGUGUUUUAAUUAGCAUCAGUAAAAUAAAUAUUUUCAUGAAGAGAGCAUGAACAUGGUCUAAGUUCAGCAGCUUUCAGAAAUCGCUGAAAUAGGUAAAUGUCCUGUGCAACAGUAGUCAUAAAAUAGGAUUAAUUAUUUGG